ACUGUAUACUUUCUCUUCAUUAAAAGUAAAAAAAAGUCCCAAGUCCAUUGCUCUGCAAACACCUCCAUAACCAUAGCCAUAGGAAUUGGCCCUCCCUCUUUCAUCAACAAUGGAAACCGUGGACCAAACCUUCGAAGAAUACCCUCCCUUCCUCCGCAUCCACAACGACGGCACCAUCGAGCGCCUCGUCGGCACCCAAACCGUGCCGCCGUCUCCCCUAUCCGAUGCCGGAAUCUCCUCCAAAGACGUCGUCAUCUCUCCCAAUGUCUCCGCCCGUCUCUACAUCCCUCACUCCGCCCUUUCCUCCACCAAAAAACUCCCCACCCUUGUCUACUUCCAUGGAGGAGGUUUCAUCAUAGAGUCCCCCUUCUCCCCUCACUACCACCCUUACCAGGAUUCCCUGGCGGCGAAGGCAGGCGUGAUCAUCGUCUCCGUGAAUUAUCGUCUUGCCCCCGAGCACCGGCUCCCAACUUCCUACGACGACUCAUGGGAGGCUAUCAAGUGGACCGUUGGUCUGUCCGACGAGUGGCUGAGGGACCAUGCCGACCUCGACCGCUUGUUCUUUGCCGGGGACAGCGCCGGGGGCAAUAUCGUACAUCAGAUGGCGAUGAGGACCUCACCGUCAGAGAUAAGAUUGCGCGGGGUAGUAUUAGUCCAUCCAUUUUUCUGGGGACCAAAUUUGAGUGAUACAGAAAAAGAACAGAUUGGGUUUGUGGACAUGGUCUGGAGGCUAGUUAGCCCAGAUGUUGGUAUUAUGCAGAGUCACUGGGUCAAUUGGGAGGCGGAGAGGGCAACGCCAUUGACGAAGCUUGGAUGUCAAAGGGUGAUGUUGUGCGUUGCAGAGCUGGAUUUUUUGAACAAAAAGGGAAAAGAGUAUUAUGAGGCAUUGAAGGAGAGCGGGUGGGAGGGGAUGGUAGAGCUUGUGGAGACUGAAGGGGAGGAUCAUGUGUUUCACUUGUUUAAGCCAGACUGUGAGAAGGCCAGGGUGUUCAUGGAGCAGGUCGCCUCGUUCCUUAAUCAGGGCUAGUUGUGAGCCAUCUUGCUCUCUCUUUACUGGGUUUGUUUCUUUUCAAGGUUUCAAUCUGCCUCUUCCCCCCCCCCCCCCCCCCCCCUUCUGAAUUAGAUCUGUACUGAGUUUGUUUCUUUUCCAAGUUUGCCUUCUUUCCCCCUCCUGUAAAUUGAUCGUGUUAUGCUGUGAAGCGAUGCACUCUAUAAUUUUCUAGUCUUA